AUGGAGCCCCAUAGUGGCGCCGAUCUUAGCCAAUCUUACCUCAGCGGCGUUCUCGCUUCGUCACCAUGUUCAUGCAAAGCCCCGAUCGAAGCUCGACGCGUUUACCAGUCAAGUUUCAGUCCAGGGACUGAGACUCCUUCGGGUAAGAGAUUCGAUUCAGAUACAGAUUCCCUCCGACUUACUCAGUUGAUCGAACCUUCAGAAGUGAAUACUCGGAUACUCGGGGUUCAUAGUCUCCCCCCUACAAUUGUGGCUAAGAUCCUCCCGUAG